CGAUGGACGUGUCGUCUAUAUAUGCAGGUGCAGAUCCCCCCUCUCUCUCUCAUCCCCUCCAAAAGUCAGCGCCUUCUUUUGUCUCUUCUCUCUCUCUCUCUCUCUCUCUGCGCCUCGCGAUUCUUCUUCCGACAGGCGAAGCAGAGCGCCGUGGCUGCUUUCGCUGAAGAUUUCUCAGAGCUUCGUCUCUACAACAGCCGAGCGAGAGAGGCCAUGGAGGUCGACUGGGAUCUGCAUGCCGUGGUCAGAGGCUGCACAGCCUCCUCCUCCUCCUCCGCUGCCGCCGCCGCUGCAGCAUCGUCGGUGGCGGAGCGUCGCCUCGAGCCCGCUGCUUCUCGUGCUCCGUUCUCUGCAGGGGAAGGACCGGAUUCGGAGCCCUUCGAGACCAGGAAAGGCGCCUUCCUGGAGGAGCUCCACGAGCUCUACAAGCCCUUCCUGCCCGCGUAUGGACCUCUGUUCUCGCACCGCAGCAGCCUUUCCGUCUCAUCUCCGCUCGCCGUCGAGGGCGCGAAGAGCUCGUCGAGCGCUGGUUUGAUGCAGAAGAGGCCGUUUCAAAGCGCUUCUGCGAUUGCUCCCCUGGCUCCUUUCAAAACGAGCUCUUCAGCUCCCAGAUCCAAGAAAAGGAAGAGCCAGAUGAAGGUGGUUCGCCAAGUUCCUGCAGAGAAAGUCUCUUCGGACGAGUGGGCUUGGCGGAAGUACGGUCAAAAACCCAUCAAGGGUUCUCCAUAUCCAAGGAGCUAUUACAGAUGCAGUAGCUCCAAGGGGUGCUUGGCCAGGAAGCAAGUAGAGCGGAACAGAUCCGACCCAGGAAUCUUCAUAGUCACCUACACGUCGGAGCACAAUCACGUUGCACCGACGCACCGGAGCUCGCUCGCCGGCUCCACGCGCCCCAAGACCUCGACGCCCGAAACCGAGGUUAGCGUUGACUCCGCUGCUACCGCAACCACAACCCCAGGAACUUCAGGGGAAGAGGAGGCGGCGCAUGUUCCUCAGAGCACCAGCAGCGAAAGCGGAGAAGAGAAGGAAUACAGUCAAAGUAGCAGUAUGCUGGACAAUGACGGGGAAGACGAGACUGGUGGGUCGUCCGGUGCGGCUCUGAGCGAUGAUUUCUUCGUGGGUCUGGAGGGAUUAUUAGGUUCUCAUUACGAAGAUCCAUUUUCGGAUCCGUCUCAGCCGUGGUUCGGCUUAUCUUGGUCAGCCGGCGAUGCGGUCACCGCCACCGGCGGUAGCUGAGUCGCCGGAAUAAUUAAAAAGCACUUCCAUCAGGGAGUCUCUCGUUCUCUAUUUUCCUCCUUUUGUGCCCUGUAGAGAAAAGCCGAGUGCUAAACCGUUGAUGUAGGAAACGUGCUCUGUUUUGUAAAAUGAUUUCGAUUAGGUUUGGAAAACUUUACUGAAAGAUGAGGAUAUGGGUUGUUUUCAGUAAUUGAUUUUGCCGUUUCUGUUCCA